AUGGCUGCCAAGUGGCUCAAUAGUGUAGAUGUCGAUUUUGUGGUUCAAUUCCCGAGAUUGAGUAUGCGUGCGGUACAUGGGUUCGUGCGUAGUUUGAAGGUUGAGCCACAGGAUCUCCUAGGCCUAGUUGCUAUACUAGAUACGAGAAAUCAGGUCGCUAGAAUUACGUUUACGACAGAGGCAUACACCUCAAGUUUUUUGUCCCAACACAGUGGUAUCGUCAGGACGGAAUUGGAAGGGAAAGAAGUUGAUGUAGUCAUCAGGGACAGUAAUAUUCAGGAGAAAUUUGUCAGAAUUGCAGGGAUUCCACAGAAUCUAGACUUGGGAGUAGUAAAGACACGUCUGAAGGAAUUUGGAACCAUAAUUGAUGCUUGUUGGGAACGCUAUCGGGUGGCAGAGGAUGACGUUUUAUACCCUUUUCUUGCCACUUGGAUGAUAGUACGAAUGACGUUGACUAAGAAUAUUCCCUCAUACAUUACUAUUGGCAGCUAUCGUGCCAUGGGAAAGUAUGAGGGACAAAAACCUACUUGCAGACUGUGUGACGACGAAACCCAUUUUAGCUACAACUGCCCAACUUUGAGACGUAAUAAGGAACCUACCAAUGUCCAAAAGCCCAGUGAUAAAAUGACAAAAAAGACAGAGACAGUCCUGGAAAAACCCGUCCCUCUACCCUUAGAUGUAGACCCCAUGGUUUCUAAGGCCUUUCUUGAGUGUGGAUUACAAAGUUCACUCUCAGGGGGGACUCCCAACUUAGAAAUUUCUCCCACCGAACAACCCGUUAAAUCCACAGACGACAUACUACGAUAGACUCCACCAGCCUAAAUGAUAAUCGCUGAAACGCAACCUGAUGACUCAGAACCAAUGACAAUUUCCAUGGAACCAGUGGAACCCAAUUUGGGGGAAGUUGAGCCCAUGGAAACUGACAAAACAAGUGACCACCUGAAAGUUCCCACUGUACCACAAAACAAACGUUUCAAACCAACA